UACGGGGCUUUUCGGUGGGAUACUGUGCUGCGAAAAGUUUUAGGAUUGAGCUGGAGCAAUGGCUUCUAUUUAUGGGUUGCUUUUGGAGAGUUAAAUUUCCGUCCUUCACCAUCGAACUGAGAAAAUAAUAUCUGCGCCAUAAGACAUCGGUUGUGCGCACACUUUGACGUAUAAAAAUUACGAUUGCGCAGGCGUUAGUGAUCCGUCGCAAUCAGAGUGCUAAAAGGGGGCAUCGUUUGUAUGUAGUCAGCGAUGGCAGAACAUCCGAAAAUAGCGAGGAGUUGUAAAUACUCGGCAUGCGUGUCCUAUCUGAUAUCCAUUCCAACGAACACCACUUGAACAUCUUUUGUGGGCCUCAGGAUCCCGCAGGAUUCUUGAAAAAGCCAGGACUUUUUUUACCUAUGAAGCUUUUUCCUUUACUAACAAAUAUUCAUUGAAAUUGAAGCCCCGGUAUAAAGGUGACGAAAUGCAACAGUUGUCACAACCGCAUGCGCAUACUGCAUAGCGUCGUGUUCGAUGUACCUAUGCAAACGAGCAUAAUCAAAGCACGCGCGGUUUCGCCCUUUCCCUUCGAUGUGUCUAUAGCAACCGGCGUCGCGAUACUUGGCAGGUUGUUGUCAGUAGAAAAACAGCUUUUCAACUACGAAGUGCGUCCGAACUCGAAAAUUUUACUUCCAGACUUUGGGCCAUUGGUGUUCAGGGCAGUUUACUAGCUAUCACCGAUUCAAUCUCAGCCGUUUUCCAAAAUGGUUGAUUCACAACCUUAUAUUAUCCGUGCAAUGGAGGAGAUGGGCUUCGCCGAUGGUGGCUUCAUUCCGAUCGCAAAUGAAGAGAAUAAACAAUUAUUGGAGCUGAUUAAUCGACUGUCUGGAAGCAAGACGGUAUCGGCGGGCAAGGUUGCAAUUAGCGAUCAACGGCUGGGCAAUUUGAAAGUUCAUCUCAAGAAUGCACAUCUGGAGUUUGAGCAGAACUCGAAGUUGAUCGGUGUGGACAAAACUCAAAUCAAUACCGAACACGGAUUGUUAAAGGUGUCCCAAAACGAUCGAUCCUUCUUUCGGCAGCAACUUUCGGAUGCGAAAAGGGAUCACUCUGAGUUCGAGAAGCACGAUGAGCGCGCACAAGGCGACAUGAAAAAACUGACGGGAAACGUUGAGAAGUAUAAUGAGCGCAUCAAGUGGGCGAAACGGACCCUGGAUGAAUGGAAACAGGUUAUGGGUGAUGGAGAUAAAAGGAUCAAACUCAUCCAGAAGUACUGCAAACAAGACUCGUGCGAGGCCGAGGCGCUGGAAGCAAAAAGAAAACAACUCGAAAACAAAAUUGCAUCCCGCCAGGCGGUGCUAGUCACUCUGUAUGAGGAGUACAAGUCGUUGGAACAGGUGUUAGAACGAACUUCGCAGCUUUUCCGACAGGCGCACUACGAACGACGUCAUAUGGUGCAAACGUGGAAGGAAGCGGUAAAGCACAUGAAUCAAAGGGAAACCGAAAUACAGUCAGUGGAAAAGGAGAUUGACAGCGCGCGCGAUAUAACGGAGAUGCUGGAGGGUGCUUUGCAGGCACAGGUCGAGUUUCUCGAGCAACAGCAAAGAAACAACCAUGACAUAGAGCUCCGUAUUGCCGAUCUCAACGUGGAAGUAUCGAAACUUCGUAAUAGGCUUACGGCGCUCAGUGAUAGUGUGCAGUUGAAAACGAACGAGUACCAAAUUACGCGCAAAGCGGUGCAAAAUUUGUCGAACAAACUGUCCACAAUGCGGAACCGCAAUCGUCACGCUUUGACAGAAGAAGAAGAUAAGGAAAAACAGAUUCAUACUAAUCUCAACGAGCUCGAACUGCUGCGUGACAAACUGGACAACUUUCGGAGCAAGAGCUUGUGCGCACAGGACCGUUUGCGGCAGUUGAACGAAAUCGUGGAAUCGGAAGAGAAGCAAAUUCGUGCCAUGGAGAUGGAAACGGAGCGCCUUUCGGCUGCAAUGUACCGUGCUCAGCAGCAACUGUUCGCGAUGAAGGAGGAGGAAAAGCUACUUAAAGUGGAGGUACACUCAACCGAGUCCGGAAAGGCAAAGAUCCUAGCUGCAAUCGAAAACAUGGAGAAAGAAAUUUUAAGACAGCUUGACAUUUCUUAUAACGUGGAUCAUAAUAUAGAGAAGGUCCAGGAAAGAAUUGUGAAUAUGCAGGGCACUGGAGAUACGCAGGAAGAAGCAAAUAGAGCCCAUGCUAAGUUGACCUAUGCCCAAAAUAAGCUUUUGGAGAAGAAGCAAGAAUUAACCAUGUUACUAGCGCAAACGGGUAAAAUGCAGCAUGAUUUCCGGCAAUCAAGUCUCGUCUUCCAACAGGACGCUGCCGAAAUCGAACGCAUGACGGGCAAGUGGAAGGAGAAGACGCUUCUGGUUGAGGGUGGCGAGAAGAAAGUUCGCCACUGUAAGGCAGAUAACCAGGAACGUUUGGUGGAAAAGAGUUUGCUUAAAAUGCGAAUCAAACAAAUGGAACGGCAGCUUGACAGUCAGAGUGACAAAAUGUAUACUCUUGAACGGCACCGGAUGGAGUUGGAGACAGCCAUAGGCAAGCGCAUGUUGGACAUUAAAGCACAGAAAGACAUGUUGGUGCUGAAGCGGAAGUAUCUUGCCGAAGAGCGGGCACAACUUCGCGCGGACAUUACGGAGCGUGCUUUGAAGAUUGAGCAACUGAAGAACAGGUACGAGUUGUCGCUGGAUCUGUUGGGAAAGAACGAGGACGGUUCGAUUGUGACAGCAACGCAGAUAAAAAUUCAAACCGCCCAAGAAAAGUAUAUGCUACUGCGGGAAGGUAGCGAGUUGAACGUCAAGAUCCUGAAAGCCGAAGAAGAUCUAAAGGCACUCGAGAAUUCGCUGAAGGUAAUGAACUUCGCUAAUGACAAAUAUAAGCGCGGAUUUCAGAAGGUGGAUGACGAGAAUCCGGAUAUGAUUGCAAUGGAAAACAUCCAGACAGACUACUGUAAAGCCGUAGCCGCGCUAAAGAGCGUACGCUCCGAUUUAGCUAUGAACACGGAGAACUUGCACGAUUUGAAUGAAUGUCGAGAGCAAAACGAUAAAGCUCUUGAACAAGUCCAAAAGGUGCGGCUGGACAGUAAUGAUGUGUUGCUGCGCAUCCAGAAGGAGUUACUGGAUCAGCGGACGAAGAUUCAACGCGCCGAGAGAGAACUAAAGCUAGCAGUUAAGGCGGCGAAAUCAAAAACGAACGAUGACGAUCUGAUGCUGAUAUUCCAGAAGGACCUUAAUUUGAAGGAGUUGGAAGAGCGCAACAGCAACGCACUGCAGCAUUUGGCCGACCUAGUGGAGCAAAAUAAUGAACUUGCUGUGUCAGUCAGUAAGCAUUGCUACGAACGCGGUCUACGCUUGCCGCUAAUCAAGCGAACGAAGAGCCAGAUAUCGUGGCGCAGUGAAAAUUCCCACGGAACGGAGUACAGUGGUCGUGUUGAUACGAUUUCUUCCAAACAAGCGUCCCGUCUUUCGGUUUGCACUACUACGUCGUCGGGUAACACGGAUUCUUCGGAUGAUAUAGCGAAAUCAUUUGAUAAUCGCAUGAGUGCUGGACUUUCUGUCAUUCUGAUUGACUUCCCUGGAAGCAAGACAACAGCCGCUAAACAGACGAAGAAGUAAACGGCGGUUUUAUA